AUGGAUUCUUCAAGAAGAGGCAACAAUGGCGGACAACGUCCAAGUGGCAUUCGGGAGUGGAACCAGCAUACAAGGUUUAACAACAUGCAGCGUCAGAGGGGCUUUCAUAGGGGUUUUGUGAAUCGUGGAACCUCUCCACACGUUUCAAAUUCUUUUAUGCCUCCACAAAUGCAUGUGCCAGUUCGCCCUUUUGGCAACAAUUUCAUGUACCCUGAUUUGGCGUCUUAUGUUCAAGGUUCAACUCCUUCUCCAUCGCUGAUUACACGGAUGCAAUCUCCAGUGUCGUUUCCUGGUCAAAAUCAAGAUUUGCAUGAAAAGAUUGUGAAACAAAUUGAUUACUAUUUCAGUGAUGAGAAUUUGGUUAAAGAUAUAUACUUGCGACAAAAGAUGGACGAACAAGGCUGGGUUCAUGUGAGUUUAAUAGCAGGCUUCAAGAAAGUUUUGUGUUUAACUGACAGUGUUCAGCUAAUUGUUGAUGUAAUGCGGGCAUCAAGAGCUGUGGAAGUGCGGGGUGAGAAGCUGAGGAAGCGAAAUGAUUGGAUGAGAUGGAUUAUCCCAAGUUCCAUUAAUGUUGAAAGCUUUAAUGGUAAUUCGGUAUCGAAUUGCAACAUGGUGGAGGCGUCCAUGGUUUUCAGGGGGCAACCAUGGCUCAAGUGA